CCCAUACCCUGCACGCAACACCGCCACUGCACCUCUCGAGAUGGGGUCGCAGCGAGAUGGUGAUGGAAGUGUUGAUCGCCCAGCCAAGGCGAGGUGGUGCGCGGUGACCGGCGGCCGGGGGUUCAUGGCGAGGCACCUCGUGGCGGCCCUGGUCCGUUCCGGCGAGUGGAAUGUGCGGGUCACCGACCUCGCCCCUACCAUCGUGCUCGGCCCCGGCGAGAGUGAGGGCCUCCUCGGCGAUGCCCUCCGUGACGGCCGCGCCGUCUAUGCCUCGGUGGAUGUCUGCAACCUGGACCAGCUUAUAGAAGCUUUUGAAGGGGUAGAUGUUGUAUUCCACACAGCUGCUGCAGAUCCCGGCAAGAACAACUUGCAACUUCAUUACAAGGUCAAUGUGGAGGGUACAAAGAGCGUAAUUGAUGCAUGUAAGAUCUGUAAGGUGAAAAGGCUUAUACACACCAGUUCUAGUGCUGUUGUGUUUGACGGAGUUCAUGGACUUUUCAACGUAGAUGAAUCAUUGCCAUACCCAGAUAAGUUUCCUGAUGCAUAUGCACAAACAAAGGCAGAAGCAGAGAAGUUUGUCAUGAAGGCCAAUGGCAUUGAUGACCUUCUAACUUGCUGCAUACGUCCUGGCGGCAUUUUUGGUCCUGGUGACAUGAUUUUGCCAACUCUAGAUCAAUAUGGACAAACACUCUUUAUUAUUGGCGACGGGAAGAACUAUGAUGAUCUUGUGUAUGUUGAAAAUGUGGUCCAUGGUCACAUAUGUGCUGAUAGGACUCUUUCUACUAUGAAGGGUGCACAACGAAGUGGAGGGAAAGCCUACUUUAUAACAAAUAUGGAGCCAAUGAAUCUGUGGGACUUUUUAUAUAUGGUUCAGGAAGAACUUGGAUACAAAAGACUAUUCAAGAUAAGAAUACCUUUGCUUAUCAUCAAGCCCAUAAGCUAUUUGGUAGAGUGGGGGUACAAGGUUUUCUACCACUAUGGAAUGUGCCAACCUCAUAUUCUUACACCGGCAAGGAUUAAAUAUACGACACUCAAUAGGACAUUUAGUUGUAACAAAGCUAUUGAAGAACUGGGAUACAAACCUACCGUGACAAUCAUGGAUGGUCUAAAGGCAACAGUUGAAUCAUAUAUCCAGUUAAAGAAUAAAGAUAUUUCUAGAGAGAGGAAAUAAAAGGUUGUGAAAGAUGGAUUCAUGGUGACUACAUGAUGUGUUUCUUGCUGCGUACGUAAAAUUGCUCUCCAGGAUGACAUAAUAAGUGAAAGUUAGAGGUGUGAUGUCUCCACAAAUAAAAUUUUAGUGUUUAAAGUUACAAAUCUCUUGAGGUAGGCACAUAUAUAAUAUGAUUAUUGUAAUUUUGGGUAUGGAUCACCCGGUAACAAUCAGGCUUGUACUUAAGUAUCCUACCUACAAUAUAAAGGAUGUUAUAUUUGUCUUCAUGUGUGAAA